GUUCACAAAACCCCCUGUGUAUGAAUGGAAACUUGCUCUCAAUUUUGGCACAUCCUGUAUAUCAAGGUUACGUCAAAUUAUGUCAUUGGAAUUACGUCAAACGUCAUAUGAUUUUGACACUGACAUACGACAUUAAUAACAAUGGCCGCCAUAUAUGGAAAUUUCUAGCAAGUUUUUGAAUUUGAACGUCAUUUUUGAGUAAUUAUACGAAGUAUUUUAACUCCAAAAAGUGAUAACAAUGGUUUUGAAUAAUUAAGUGGUCUUUUGAAAUACAUAUUGUGGCGUGUAAAUAGUAUUUUACGAAAGAAAAUAAGCUUAAAAUAUCUGUGCAAUCAUGGCAUACAAAGCUUACGUGUUUUAUAUAUCAUUUUUACUUGUGAUUUUUUCAAAAUGCGCUUAUCUAGAUGAUAGCAUAAAGCCUAAUGAACUGGCACAUCAAAAUGAAGGCAUUACAAACCAGCAGAAUACGAAUAAAAACCAAACCAAUACUACUAUUACUUCUAAAACUGAUGGUAUGGUGAGUGAUAAAAACAGUGGUGAUAGUAAAGAUAGUGUUUCAAAGGAUAUAACUUCAAGCAAAAAAGAUAAUGCAGAAGCUGCGAGUGAUAAUAAUGCCAAAGCUGAUAGUAAUAGUGAUAACACAAAAGCUACAGUAGAUGUUAGUCCUAAUCCUCUAAUAAAUGUUACAACAAGUACGUUGAGUAAUAAUAACAGUUCAGAGAAGAGCUUAGGAACAUCAACAGUGAAGCCAAAUAGUACCACAACAAAUAGUACUGAAGCUCCCCACACUGUUGAUCCAGUACCUGUCUUACCAGACAAGGAGGCAGCAGAGGAAGAACACAACAGUUCCAUGGCUAUAUUCUUUGUAUUAUGUGUGCUAGCAUUAGGAAUUUUACUAAUACAUCUUAUGUUACAAACAGGAUUCCAAUAUGUUCCAGAAAGUGUUGUGAUUGUCUUCUUAGGAGCACUUAUAGGUUUGAUAAUGAAUACUUUAUCUAGCAGAAAUAUUUCAAAUUGGAGGAAAGAAGAGGCAUUUUCACCAACUGCCUUCUUCCUGAUACUAUUACCACCAAUCAUAUUUGAAUCAGGAUAUAACUUACAUAAGGGGAAUUUCUUCCAAAAUAUUGGAUCUAUACUAGUCUUUGCUAUAUUGGGUACUACAAUAUCAGCAUUUGUGAUAGGCUUUGGUAUAUAUUUUCUGGGGCUGGCAGAUGUUGUAUAUAGAUUAGGCUUUGUUGAGUCAUUUGCCUUCGGAUCUCUAAUUUCUGCAGUAGACCCUGUAGCAACUGUAGCUAUCUUCCAUGCCCUGAAUGUUGACCCAGUUUUGAACAUGCUGGUCUUUGGUGAGAGCAUAUUGAAUGAUGCUAUUGCUAUUGUACUAACAAAUGCUGCACUGGAGUCAAAUAAUCCUAGUAUGAGUACUGGAGAAGCUAUUGUUUUGGGCAUUCAAAGAUUCUGCUUGAUGUUCUUCGCUUCAGCAGGCAUAGGAGUUGUGUUUGCUCUGAUCAGUGCUCUAUUACUGAAGCAUGUAGAUCUAAGGAAGAACCCAUCUCUAGAAUUUGCAAUGAUGCUUGUUUUUACUUAUGCACCAUAUGUACUAGCAGAAGGUAUUCAUCUGUCUGGAAUUAUGGCAAUUUUAUUCUGUGGUAUUGUGAUGUCCCACUAUACUCACUUUAAUCUGUCAACUGUCACACAAAUUACAAUGCAACAGACACUCAGGACUCUAGCCUUCAUUGCAGAAACAUGCGUUUUUGCAUAUCUAGGUUUGGCAUUGUUUAGCUUUAAACACCGCGUGGAACCUGCCUUAGUUGUAUGGAGUCUCAUUUUAUGCCUAAUAGGAAGAGCUUGUAAUAUUUUCCCACUGGCAUACUUGGUGAACAAAUUCAGAGAACACCAAAUCACCAGGAAAAUGAUGUUUAUAAUGUGGUUUUCUGGACUUAGAGGAGCGAUUUCAUAUGCUCUGUCACUCCAUUUGAAUUUUAGCGAUGAAACUAGACAUGUUAUUAUAACAACAACACUGAUCAUAGUGUUGAUAACGACACUCUUCUUUGGAGGUUCAACCAUGCCACUACUGAAGUUCAUGCAAGCCACCAAAAAUCCUUCUCGCCGUCUCAAAAAACGCAAGAAGGAUAGAGAAGUGACAUUGAGUAAGACUAGAGAGUGGGGACAAGCUCUGGAUUCUGAGCAUUUGUCAGAAACUACUGAGGGUGAAAUGGAGGUGACUUUCACUUCAGAUAGGAUUAAAGGCUUCGUCAAAUAUGACUUGAAGUAUUUCAUACCUUUCUUCACUAGGAGGUUCACACAACAGGAACUGAAAGACUGCAAGAGCCAGAUGACAGACCUGACGAACCAAUGGUAUCAGGCGAUACGCAUCUCGCCCGACCAAUCUGAAGAUGAAGAUAGACUUACAACCAAUACCGGACGAUCUUCGAUAUCAAGCAUAGUCCGCUGACCUUCCGUCCGCGUAGAGGUAAAACCGCACCGUUUCAUUUACAAAAGAAAAUCUGUAUAAAUGUCUUUCAUUGAACACAAAGGAAGAUGUUCUGGAAGUAGAGACUUUCCUUUUCAGACGUUUGAAAAGACAAAAUUACGAUUAGUUCUUACUGUUCAUUUAAGAAAUUUCUAUUACUUGCUUUUAAAUACUGUUCGAAGUUGUCGCUAUUCGAUUCAAAUACAAAUUUAUUAACGUCUCCUCAAUUUGCAACAUUUGGAUAAAGAUAAACACACCUAGGCUGAGCGGGAUGGAACCUUCCAGGAAAACUAUGGGAAUACACUGACAACUAUUAUCAAACCGACAAGUUCGUUAUUGCUACGAGGAUGUGCCUUUCAUGGUUUUUCAAAUCUAGUUUAUGAAUAAACAACUUGGCUUACGCGAAUGGUGCGUGAAACCUGGAUUGGGUACUGACAUUUUUACCUAAUCAUAUGCAGGAGCCAGGGCCUUAUUUGAUAUCGUAUAUUUUUUGGGAACAUAAUAAAUCGCUUAAAACUUUUGUGUUACUAGAAAAGAAAUUGCUUAUUUACAUUACAUUACAUAUUACAAAAAACUACACGCUGCUGUAGGAAGGAAAGUCCCAACUUUAAGAAUGCCAUGUAUUGACUUUUGACUACGAGUUUUUAUACAGGGCUUCUCCUAAAUAUACUGGAAAGAUUUAUAGGAAUAUUUUCUUGAAAGACGGUUUCUGGAAAACCACUUCGUAUCGAAAAUCUUGGAAGGCUAAUAUAUUUACGAUAAAACACUUGCAUUCCUACUGAAGGUGUCUAGUUAUUCUCUGUUGGUAAGAAGUUUCACAAAUGAUUUUUGCCGUUGAAAAGUGUUAUGCAAAAUAUUGUGUCUUCAAAAGGUGCAAAAUAGUCCUCAAACAUUUGCUCUAUGUUUAGGAGGCACUCUAUCACUUUUUAUAUUAAAGCAAGUUUUACUAUAUUUCUUAAAGAUUUUUAGAACAUUAUUAGAACUAGAUGAAUUUUCAAAAAUCUGUGCUUUGUAUGUAAUACUUACUCUUUAGCCCAAAGUUUUUCCUUUGUUUUGGUGAUGAAUGGCUGAUUGUUUUGUAAAUAACAAAAGUAUUGUAAAUAAGUAUUGUUAUGUGAUACUCGUUCUUGUAUAGAAUUGUUUGGCUUUAAGCGAAAAAUGUCAAAUGUACUUAAAACUUUUACCUGUGAGGUAAUCAAAUGUUGAUUUUUGUUAUAAAUAGAGUGUAUCACAAAUUAACCGUGUAUUCUGUUAUCAACAUGGUAUCUCCUUAGUAAGUGGUUAGUAGGCAACAAGAGGCCUAUCUGGGUUAGUUUGGAAAGAGCCUACUAUUUAAUCACAUAUUGAAGUAGCAAACAUUAUAGCAUGUUUUCAUAUACAGGGUGUUCAUUUGAAUACUUCCCACAACGGAUUUAUUGAAAACCACUGAUUAAAAGAAAAAACGCCGAGACACGUCAAAAGAUUUUUCAAGGGAGAUAACUUUUUAGCCAAAAACUACUUCACCCUCUGCUCCCCAGGGUCACCCCCUUAAAAAUUUUAAAAGACAAAGGGAUAC